AUGGUGUGCCAGGAGCCUUUUCUCUAUCUGUUUCAACUACGAACUCAUUUCUUUCCUUUUGGCGGCUCCCAAUGUGGCAUUUGUAAGGAAGGUUUACUGCUGCUCAGGAAGUUCUCUCGACGACCUCGAUACAUUAAGAAACCUCCAAAUAGUCAUCCCACUGAGCCUACAGGACCUCUGUGGAAGCCGCAACAGACUGGCAGUGCAGUUGAGCGCGACUCGGAGCCCGUGCAGCGGCAUGCGCGCGAAGGUCCCCCCCCCCCCUCCCGCUUCCCCUGCGCGCCGCGGGGCCCCACGAGCGGCCGGCAGGCAGCUGCUGCGCCAGUGCGCUGCGAACCCGCCCCGCGACGCGACCUGCCCUCCGAUCGCCUCCUGCCGCCUCCGCCUGCACCUCACGGCUUCGCCAUGAGCCUCGAGUUGAUCACGCUGCUGGGCGGGGCCCUGUCCCUGCUCAUCGUCGCCAUCUACCGGAUUGUAAAAAACUUGAGAAAAGUUAGUUCCACGAGUGGUAGUGAAAGCGUCGCCUACAAACCUUGUAUUCUUUCAGUUCGACCUUCUGUCAGCGUGCUGGUGGACGGUAGUGGUGAGAGCAGGGAGACAUGGACGGCUGAAUGGAAAAUUACACAACUUGUGCAGCCGUGGGAUGACACGGUGGUACACAUAAUCCCCGGGAUGUUUCCAACGCUUGCACCAUCGCAUGGGGGAGCUCACGUCAGCGAUUGGCCCUCUGGUCCAGGAGCGCUGGCUGGCGGGGGCCGAGGGCGGAGGUUGCACGAGAUUGCGCAACAGGCUGUCGCAUCGAUCCUUCGCCCGGCGCCGCCGGCACCCGUCUGGACCCCGAGCGGCGCGCGGGCGGGGCGGGCGGCGGGCGCGGGCGGGCGCGGGCGGUGCGGGGCAGGGCGGGGCGGAGACUGCGCCCGCGGGCAGACGCGUUCUGGCGACAGCGGACGCUCCGGUAUAGCCCAGCUUUGGCUUGAUACCCAUUUGAAGGCAGGAACUUGGUCGUGUGUAGAACAUUCUGCGCGGUUCAACACGCUUUAUUGCGCUUCCGACGGGUUUCCAGUGCACUUCCAUCACGCUUCAAACUCGCAUCCGACGCUAGUCCCACUGGUCUCACCCGGUUGCAAUGCAGUUCCACUUGCUUCUGAUGAGAUUCCACUGUCCCCAGACUCGCUGCUGCCCUAUGUUGCCCCCGCCGGGGAAAAAGAUGGCGCGCGUGUUCAUGUUCGGCAACGCGACCAAGAAACCGAUGUCAUGCGAGAAGCAAGGGUCAGGGUGACAGUCGGGAAAAAGAUUGACGACGGGCCCAAUGACGAAGCUGUGCCUGUGAUCCAUUUACAACGGCUUUUCUCCGCCGCCGAGAUGAAGUUGCCUCAGGUCAGACCUUGUUCCCCGCGGUGCGUCGCGUCUGAGGAGAGGUGGGGCAUGACGCGAGGGUUGCCAUGGCGACUGGUAAUGGCGUCAGGGAGGCCAGACAAGAACCAGACACUGGCCCUCCUCCCACAGAUCGACCGGAGGCAUAGAGGGCAGCCAAAGGGCCACUCGGGCUCCAGCACAUUCAGCACUCAAUGCCCUCCUAAAACUCACAAGCAUCACUCAUGGAAUUUGGCUUUGUGCGACGUCGGCAGCCAAGUACUCGGAUGUGUUCUGCGCAGAAGUUGGCGACGGAGCAGCGGGGGCGUCUCCUUGAAAGGAGAGUUUGCUGCCAGCUGUCCAAGUACCCUGGCAAACAGCGUCCGACGGUUCUCCUCAUGCGAAGCGGACGCACCGGUCAAGGGGUCGCGGCGACUCCUGCAGACGCUGCCUAAAACGGGCAUUCGCCUCCCUAGUUGCUUUCCUUCGGUCAAAUUACCGUUUCUUCGCCACAAAGAGUUUGCUGAUAGCUUUCUGGGCGGACGGCACUUCAAACGCCUCAGAAUAAAUGUGAAAAUUCCGCUAGAGUUCAAGUUGACUUCUAAAGUAACGCGAUACAUCGCAACUCCAAAUUAA